GAGCGCACAGCGGAACUCACGCCUGGCCAGCAGGCGUUGCGCGGGCUGGAGCUAGAGACCCGCCCUGUGGGGCAGGUGUCCUGGGGCGGGGGUGUGGAGGGAGGACGCCCCGCCCCCAGAGCAGGGAGGACUCCGAGCGAGGGGAGCCCUGGCCGCGAGGGAGCCGGGUCCAGCUCUGAGGCGCCCGCUCCUGGGCGGUGCCGCCCUAGCGGUGCCUGUGAUGCUGUGGGGAGCCCCGCAGAGCGCCUGAGCAGAGCAGGGCUCCCGCCCGGCCGCUCCUCCCGUCGGGGCUGAGCAGGGGGCGGAGGCGGGCUGCCGAGCUGCUGCCGUCACGCGCGCCUUUUCCCUCAGCCCUUCGCCGAGCAGCAGCGGCGGCCCCAGCCCGGCUCCCACGCCCUCCCCAGCCGGGUGGCGGGCGGCAGCGCUAUGCAGCCUCCACCUCCUCCUCGCCGGCGCUGAGUCCAUGCCAUGCUGCUGCCGCGGCUCCUGCCGGCGCUGCUGGCCGCCUGCCUGCCCCCCUGCCAGGGCUGGAGCCCUGCUGCGGCCGGCGGGGGGCAGGAGGAGCCGGAGCUCUUGCUGCCCCCCAUCAACUCCUCCUCGCGCUCCCUGGCCAGCCUGGAGCGGGACCUGCGCGGGGUGGGCGGGCAGGCUGAGGCGGGCAGCCCCAGCAAGGAGCCGCCCCCCGCCGCCGCCGGCCAGCAGCCGCCCCAGCCCCCCGAGGAGGCGCCCUGCAACAUCAGCGUGCAGCGGCAGAUGCUGAGCUCGCUGCAGGUGCGCUGGAGCAGCCCGCUGGGCAUCCCGUGCGACCUGCUGCUCUUCUCCACCAACGGCGACGGGCGGGCCGUCUUCUCCGCCGCCUUCCACCGCGUGGGGCCGCAGCUGGUCAUCGAGCACCUGGGGCUGGCGGCGGCGGCAGCCCAGCAGAACCUGCGCCUCUGCGUGGGCUGCAGCUGGGUGCGGGGCCGCAGGGUCGGGCGGCUCCGGGCGGCCGCCGCCUCCUCCUCCUCCUCCUCGCUGUCCGAGCCCGGCCAGUAUUGGCUGCAGGGGGAGCCGCUGAAUUUCUGCUGCAUGGAUUUCAGCCUGGAGGAGCUGAAGGGGGAGCCGGGCUGGCGGCUGAACCGCAAGCCCAUCGAGUCCACUCUGGUGGCUUGUUUCAUGACUCUCGUCAUCAUCGUGUGGAGCGUGGCCGCCCUCAUCUGGCCGGUGCCCAUCAUCGCCGGCUUCCUGCCCAACGGCAUGGAGCAGAGGAGAAGCACCGCGGUGGCUGCGGGCGCCACCGCCGCCGGCAAAUAACCCCCCUCCCACCUUCUCCGUUUGCUGUGCCAUCCGCUCCCGCCGGGCUCCCGACACUGGGGCGGACGCUGGUGGACUCGCAUCCCCUCCCCGCGCGCUCUUUGUAAACGCUUAACCCUGGGUGGUGGUGAUUGUCGUUGUUGUGGUGUGUGGGUGUGUGUGGAGCGCUUUAAAGCCUUGCCCAAGUUUCUUGGUGUCCAGUGCAGGCGAGCGUGGCUGCCUGGGACCUGAUGGUUUCUCUGCAAUGAAUCCUUCGCGGAGCGUUGCUCCCUCCCGAGUAGUCAAAGGGAUUGUAUUUUGUUUUCAUGUGCCCAAGAUUCAUAGCAGAAAGCGACCAAAUCCUGUGUGUUUGUUUUCUAUAUUUAAUAGCCGUUUUAAAUGGACGUUUUAGUAAAAAAAUAAAAACAAACAAAAAAACA